ACCAUGGACAGAGGGUGGUUUAUUGGCCAAGAGAAGGUUUUGCCCACAACAUCUGAACAGGACAAACCUUUGACCGAUGCUUGUACGUUAUUUUCCAAGCCUUAUUUGGCAAUCAACCUGAAUGACAUGCUACGGCACAUAAAAAGUGAUGUGGAGAAGAAGCCGAUUCCCAUCCGACCGCCAUGUCCCAGAUUGUCUACCCCAAGUGCUCUGAACGGCCACACACCAUUGUGUGAGCCCAUUCCAAAAUCCAUCAUCCGACAACGCUCACGGUCUCUUCCACCUACCACAGAAAAAAGGAGGAAAUGCAGACAUAUUGGCGUACGAUUUAUUGACUCCCUUGGCCUUGACCUGGAGGAUAUCAAGUUUUUCAAAGCUGGAGAUGAACCAUCCGUACCACAUCAUGUCAGAUUUAAAUUACUGAUGGGAGCAGAGUUGGCAGGUGGAAACCAUUUGGAGAUAUCUUUGCCAUACUUAAAACCCCUUUUUGAUCAACAGACCAGUGAUCAACCGGGAUUUUUGCAUCGUCUCUGCAAACACAAAGUGUGUCUAGAGCGAGUCCGAGUGUUUGAAUUUUGUGUCAUUGGAAUCGCCCAGGUGCUCAAUCUGGAUUUUGAGAAAGAUGUAACAGCUCGGUAUUCAUUCACAGAGUGGAAGAGCUGUGCAGAAACAAAGGCCUCGUGGGUCUCUACCAACACCAAGAUCUAUGAAGGAGAUGGUCAACUCACAUGUGAUAUGUUCCGUUUCUAUUUGCCUGUCCCUCCAUUCCUGCAGCCUGGGGCAGUGUUGGAAUUUGCCAUCAAGUACAAGGUUUGUGGAACUGAAUACUGGGACAAUAAUGACGGACAAAAUUACAAGUUAGUUUGUUAUAGUUACACACACACUGUGCCCAAGGAAUGUGAGGAUAGCAUGGUUCACUUUUUUUAG